AAGAUUUGUCUUUGUAUCAAAUUUUUGUUAAAACUAUUUCUUUAUUGGUUUAUCUAAUUCAAUUCUCCACAUACUCUUAAAUUUUCAAAGUUCUCUUUAUUGUGCUUUUUCUUUCUCUUGAAUUUAUGUUUUAAUUAUGUUUCCUUCAGGACAUGAGAUUUGGAGAUCUCUCAGCUUGGGCUACUAAACUUUCUAACUCUAUACGUGAAAUAGUGCUUGUUGGUAAUCAUGUAUCUGAAUCUAUAGACUUGGAUACAUCUACAUUAAAUUUAUUGUGGAGAGAACCUCUAUUUGAACAACUAAUUGUAAAUGUAUACCAUCUAGGUGAAGGAAUAUGUGCUCAUGUUGAUCUCAUGCGAUUUGAAGAUGGAAUUGGCAUUGUCUCCUUCGAGUCAUCAUGUGUGAUGUAUUUCACCUGAGUUAGAGGUCUUGAUGAGCAUGGUGAAAAGCAUCCAAUUAUAAGUGUGAUGUAUUUCACUCGAGUUGGAGGUCCUAAUGAGCAUGGUGAAAAACAUCCAAUUAUAAGAAAGAUCCCUAUUCUAAUAGCUCGAAUGAUUUGAGUAGGCUCUUUAUUCAUUAAUUUUCAAGAUGCACAUAUGCUUUGUAGUUGAUAAGAGUUUGAAGUUUGAGAAAUGCUUGGUUCAACAUAUUAAGUAGAAAAGUAAUAGGACAACACAUACUUUAGUAAAACAUAAUCUUUUUAUUUUAAAAGUUUGUAUUGGGUU